AUCUCCGGAAGCAAUCUCCGCGAACGUUGAUAGCGCUGAGUGAUGUCGGCGAUAAAAGGUGGACAACGGUAUGACAAUAAACGGGACUUUACCUUUUCGUCAACACAGAGGCUACUGAAGGUUUUGUUCAGCGGUUUCUAUGGCCAACUCACUCCAUGCUCCAGACGAUGUGACUGAUUCUGUCACAUGAUCAUGAGCACCAAUCAAAAUGAAGGACACAAGGGAACCGGCAAUGGCCUGGCCAAUCACUUCGGCCUCAAGAGUGGGAAGGUGUCUCCUCUGGAUGUGCGACCCGCAACUGGGGGGUCCCAUGCCCGAAUGUCGGCAUGGGACCGUGCUCAACUGCAGUACGAAGAGCAGGAGAAACGAGCCAAACAGACGAAAGUCAAGCCAUUUAGUGUCGAAGAGGAUGUUGUCAUCGGCGGCAGCGUCUGCUGCAACACACGCUCCAUCAUCAGAGUGUUCAGCUCGAAGAAGUUCAAGAACAUUAAGCUGGAGAGACUGUAUCAGCGUUAUUUCUUCAAACUCAACCAAAAUAACCUGACCGUUCUUAUGGCUAUAUUCUGUGUCAUAAGUCUCAUGCUGUUGAUUUUCUACUACAUAGGGGGAGCCACGUUGCCAGCAAGGGGAGUAACUCUUGGGAUCAUCAUGAUUGUGCUGAUAGUUCUGGAGGUGGUGUGCAAUAGGACGUCCUGUAAUGAACAGCAACUGUUCAUUUUGUGUUACAUUGUCAUAUUUUUGUUAUGCGGAAUUGUUUUGACUGUGACCCUCGACUGUGACCCUCGGGAUGCAUCGGAGGGAGUGUGGUGCACUAUUUUCUUCAUCUACAUGGUUUAUGCUUUAAUGCCAAUACGGAUGAGACUUGCUGUUGCUAGCGGCCUGGGAUUAGCCGUCAUACAUACAGUCUGUGCUGUUGGGAUUAACUAUGCACAGCCAUACAUGUGGAAGCAGGCUGUCUCUAAUGCUCUACUGUUCACGUGCGUCAACAUCGCAGGUGUCUUCACUCAUUACCCCACUGAGUAUGCACAGAGACAGGCCUUCCUGGAGACACGGCGCUGCAUCGAGGCCCGCCUCACAACACAGCGGGAAAACCAGCAACAGGAACGUUUACUGCUGUCUGUGUUGCCGCGUCAUGUUGCCAUGGAGAUGAAGGCUGACAUCGCAGGAAAGCCCAAAGACACCAUGUUUCAUAAGAUCUACAUUCAACGCCACGAGAAUGUCAGCAUCCUGUUCGCAGACAUCUGUGGCUUCACGUCUCUGUCGUCUCAGUGCACAGCCCAGGAACUGGUGCAGCUGCUGAAUGAACUCUUCGCUCGCUUCGACCGCCUCGCCGCGGACAACCACUGUCUGAGGAUCAAGAUCCUGGGAGACUGUUACUACUGUGUCAGUGGCCUCCAGGAGGCUCGGACCGACCACGCUCACUGCUGUGUGGAGAUGGGGCUCGAUAUGAUUGAAGCAAUUGCCUUGGUGCGGGACGUGACCGGGGUUAACGUCAACAUGCGUGUGGGGAUCCACAGUGGGCGUGUCCACUGUGGGGUGCUGGGAUUGAGGAAGUGGCAGUUUGACGUGUGGAGCAAUGAUGUCACCCUGGCCAACAUGAUGGAGGCAGGGGGGCUACCAGGGCGAGUGCACAUCACAGAAGACACACUGCGCUCCCUCAACAGUUCCUACGAGGUGGAGGAAGGGAAGGGCGGGGAACGUAACAACUACCUCCUCGACCACGCCAUCAAGACGUACCUCAUCAAAGAACAUCACUCCAGGAUACGUAAGGUUGCCGCAGCUGCCCAGAGGAACAGCCCGGGGAACGUGUCAAACUCCAACGUUGGCAAGGAGUUGAAGAUGAUGGGGUAUAACGCCAACCCGAGUGCCGGCAUUCACCACAAACUCGGUAUUGGAGACAACCAUGAAGCAAAGAACCCUGAAGAGGAGGUGAACGAAUAUCUGGUCCGUGCCAUUGAUGCUCGCAGCAUCGACCGUCUACGCUCAGAUCAUGUGAAGGGCUUCUUCUUGACAUUCCGGAAGAAAGAUCUUGAAGAAAAGUACCGCAAAGUCCGAGACACCAUGUUUACAUCCCACCUCGCCUGUGUGUUCCUCGUCUUCAUCCUCAUCUGUGCUGUACAGCUUACCAUCAUACCCAGGAGGUUGAUCAAGCUGUUUACAUAUCUUGUCUCUGUGAGAAAGGUGGUUACAUAUCUUGGCUCUGUGAGAAAGGUGGUUACAUAUCUUGGCUCUUGCACUCCGAAGGGACUUAGAGCUGUGGCCACCAAGAUUGCCGUUAAUCGCUGGCUGAACCAGCUAGUUGCCAUUGUGUCCGUCCUGAUGGUCUACGCCUCUGCUUUCUGUGCCAUGCUGAUGCUGAGCUCCCCACAGCUCCCGGAGUGUGUGGAGUCUUACCUUCAUCUGAACAGCAGCAGUAACGGGAACCUGUCCAUCAUCUCCCAGGCAGCCAUCACGCGAGAGUCGCACCACUCUGUCUGCAACCCUGCUCAACCUACGUCUUUCUUCCCAGAGUACUUCACCUUCUGUGUCAUCAUGUCGAUGAUCGCCAUGGCGGUGUUUCUUCAAGCCACCAGCAUUGUCAAGAUGGUUCUCCUCAUCUCCAUGACAACCAUCUACCUGUUGGUGGCGCAGCUCCUCUAUGCCAACAUCUUCGAGAACCGUGACCUGCUGCUGAGGGCAUCAUCAGGGAAGGACAUGUCCUCCCCGACGUCGUCCAUCUCCCUACGGUGGGAGAUGAUUGUCAUUCUGCUGGUGUUCUGCAUCGUUCUCUUCGUCCACGCUCAGCAGGUGGAGUCUACUGCCAGGCUGGAUUUCCUCUGGAAGGUUCAGGCAACAGAGGAAAUGGAGGAGAUGGAAAGCCUACGAGCGUACAACCUGCGUCUCCUGUCCAACAUCCUGCCCCUGAACGUGGCCCAGCACUUCCUCCAAAACCAGUUCAAGAAGGACGAGGAGCUGUACUACAAGGCCUGUGAGAACACGGGCGUGAUGUUCGCCUCCAUCACCAACUUCUCCGAGUUCUACAUGGAGCUGGAAGGCAACAACGAGGGCGUGGAGUGUCUCCGCCUUCUCAACGAGAUCAUUGCUGACUUUGAUGAGAUUCUUCAGGAGGAGCGUUUCCACUGUAUUGAGAAGAUCAAGACCAUCGGUCAGACGUACAUGGCUGCGUCGGGUCUGACGCCCGAGACGCACUUCCCCGACAUGAGACACAUUAUCGCCAUAUCAGACUACGCCAUUGCCAUCCGGUCACAGCUGCAGUAUGUCAAUCAACAUUCCUUCAACAACUUCAAGAUGAGAGUCGGCAUCAACAUGGGGCCUGUUGUGUCUGGUGUCAUCGGCGCACGCAAACCUCACUACGACAUCUGGGGCAACUCUGUCAACAUUGCCAGCAGGAUGGACAGCACGGGCGUCCCAGAUAAGAUUCAGGUAACACAAGAUGUCUACACGUUGCUGUCAGAAAGAGGCUACUCUCUGGAGUGCCGUGGCAUUGUCAAGGUCAAGGGCAAAGGAGACAUGACGACAUACUUCUUGCUAGCGCCGCCCAACCAGACAACAGAAGACACAAAAAUAUGAUUACCUGUACGCAAGGAGUCUUGUAUGGUAUCAUGUUACCAGAUGGUCAAGUUAUAUAAGUUUGGUCAUGAAGAGAUACAAUGAUUCAGCUGGAAACAAUAACCAUUCCUGAUCCUGAAGCUGAGUGAUGCGUUGCUAGCAGCAGCUGACGAAGCUGGAUGUCGUUCCGUUGUUUCAGCUAUCCUCAGUAUAUCUCAGCAAUAAUGGCAACUUUGUGCUUUUGAAUAACUGAUGACUCUUCUCCAUGCCUGUCAAAUAUCACCAGUGCUACAAGCGACUUGUCAAAUAAUGUCAAAAGUUAAUCAAAAUCGUUGUCAAAGAACAUGAACUUGUACAUGUGUCCCAGAAAUUGAGCCUAUCAAAGACCUUACACAGGAAUUUGCUGAAACCCUGACAGAGGCUGCCUGGAGCAUGUAGAUGCAUUUAUGAAAAACACUGCUGCUUCUUGCAGAAAUGACUGUAUGUGUGAACAGUACGACAAGUGCCACCCAAGCCAUGAAUUUAACCGGACACUUGGGCCACUAUUCCUAGAAGUACAUUGUGUAGAAUGACUCUAAGUUGAGAAGUCUUCUGUUACACUUUGAGCAGGUUGUUGACAAUAAUCAAGUAUGUUUUAUGUUAAACUUUAUUAACAAAUGAAAUGGACAUGCUGACAGUGUGUAGAAAAAAAUGUGACGUCACUAUAAGCCAGUGGAUGCUAUGCCAACAUGCAUGUUUUUGAGCCAGUCAUACAUGGAGUCAUUAUAUCUGAAAACUGAGAAAGGUAUAUACACUUGUGUGCAGGAUACGCUAAACAUGAACAAAACAGGGGCACAUAUCUACAGCUUCCUGUAUUUUUAGUGGUUGUCAAGAGAGUGUUAACAAGAGUUACCAUCCUUGAAGUCACAUGCUGCCUUGUCAUUGUCUGUUCAUUUGGACUGUCAACACACUCCAUCUGUAUUGAAUACAUAUGUAUGACUGGUCAUUGAUUGUAAAUUGUGAUGGAAAGAAACAACAUUCAUAUGUGUGUUCAUAUAUUUAUUGCAGAUGUCAUUGAAAUAAUCAGUACAGUUUAUUUUAUUUUUUUUUGAGUGGUUGGGAGACAGGAGUGGGUUAUUGCUUGCAUGACUGCCAUUUUAACAAAACAAAUAUUUUUGAAAUUGGGAAAAAUAUGUCCGUGAAGUUGUUUAUCAUGAAGUGUAUCAUUCUGCUUCAUGUUACAGUGACAGUAGUGUAUUGUUUUAGCCUUAGGCAGACGUUUUCACAAAGUAUGACACAAUUUGUGGCCUUACAAGCAGCUUGUGUAUCUGUUGGGGUGAUCCUCUGCACAGGUACUGCAAGACUGUUGUGUAUGUGUGUAGUACUAUGUGCCCAGUGUAAGUGCCUGUGUACAGAGAUCUGGAUCUGCGGCAGUCUUGUUCACUGAGGACCAUGAUUCCCAGGCUACCAAUGAGACAACACUCAAGAUAUUCCUGGAAUAACAUCGGAUCUCCUUUUGAAAUAGGUGCGAUAAGUAAUACCUAACCAAAACAUGAUAGCUGUGCUUGAUUGUAAAGGGGUAUUUGACAAUCUCUGCAAAUAUCUCCAUGAGACACAAUGGAAUUUUGUUGUGGAGGUAUAUAUUUGUUUGUAAUCAUUCCUUUUGAGUAUGUAUUUUUGUACAUAUUUACCCGAGUUCCAUUCUUUCCAAUCCCUCAACAGUGACUGUGAAGUGUGUUUUGAUAACCAUGUACAUCUCUGAUGAAGAACUGUGAUGCCUGCCAUCUCCACCUUGUGUCUUGAUCACAAUUGAUCUCAUAGUGUGUCUCCCUCCUCUGUUUUAGGGACCAGUCACUAGAGUUACCUCCCUCCUCUGUUUUAGGGACCAGUUACUAGAGUUGCCUCCCCUCCUCUGUUUUAGUGGUCAUUCACUAGAGUUACCUCCCCUCCUCUGUUUUAGGGGUCAUUCACUAGAGUUACCUCCCUCCUCUGUUUUAGGGACCAGUUUUGUUUUAGGGGUCAUUCACUAGAGUUGCCUCCCCUCCUCUGUUUUAGGGGUUAUUCACUAGAGUUACCUCCCCUCCUCUGUUUUAGGGGUCAUUCACUAGAGUUGCCUCCCAUCCUCUGUUUUAGGGGUUAUUCACUAGAGUUGCCUCACUUCCUCUCUUAAGGCACAAAUCAGUCAAGUUGCCUCCCUUUAUCUCUUUCGGGACUAUUUCUUUGUCUAGAAUUCUUUGUCAUUAUAGCUUUAAGCACAAAUAAUUUGAAAAUUGAGAGGAUGUAGUCUGUGGAAAAGUGAUUAAUAGGAAACAUUGCAGAGAAAAAUGUAUGUUUUGAAGCAGGAAUAAACAAAUAGUCUCCAUCUUACUUCCAAGAAACCACCCCAAGAAGUAUAUAGUCGGACCUAUAACAAGACAGGAAAACAUUCUAUGGUUGUGCCUUUACAUUACAACUUACUGUGUUGUAGAAAUGCAUUAUGUUUGUGGGAUGACUGAGAUUCACAUUUGGUGCUGUCUAAAUGCUAUUCCAGCAGAAUAUAGGCAGUAUGUGGCAGGUGAGAAAACUGUACGAUCAUUGCGCUGAUAAGGAUUAGCAGAUUCUCACAACUCCAGUUUUGAUUUUGAAAAUUCCCUCACAUUCUUUUGUUGUUUUGAUGUUGAUCUCACGCUGAAUGAACUAAAUGUUGAAUUAUGCUGAAGUCAGCAAUAUUCCAGCUGUGUCACGGUGACCCAGAUAUACAAUUUGGGUCAGACAUGACAUGUCCAGAUAGUGUGCCACACAAUAUACCAUCAGCUUGGGCCUCACUUCUUAUCACAUUGGCUCUCACAAUGAGAAUGAUAAGCGGAGUCACCAGGUGAUCAUGGGUGUGUUGCUGUUCUGUCCCCUGUGAAGAAACCAUUUGCCUUUUGUCAUGAUCUCCUGUGAGCUACAGAAGUCAUUAUGCUGUGUGCAGACUCCGCUACUCAAGUGAAUUGUUGCUAUAUAAGCUGCUUCUAGUUGCUAGUCGAGUUCCUCUGCUCAUCAAGCCACCGGACUGUUUAUACCUCUGUUAGCUGCUUGUCAAGCAUUCUCACUACAGAAACCUUUGAUAGCUGCUUGCCAGGCGAUCUCACUACUUAUACUUCUGCUAGCUGCUUGUCAUGCAUUCUCACUACAGAAACCUUUGAUAGCUGCUUGCCAGGCGAUCUCACUACUUAUGCUUCUGCUAGAUGCUUGUCAAUGCAUUCUCACUACAGAAACCUUUGAUAGCUGCUUGCCAGGCGAUCUCACUA